AUGCCCAACCGCAAAGGGGCGCGCAGUGCCUACUAUUUCUUCAUCCUGGAGAAGCUGCCGGAGCUGAGGCGGUGGGGCUUGGCAGUGGGCAGUGUGCCCAAGGCCAUCCCCCUGUGCUUCGGCGACUGGGCAUUACUGACUGAGGAGCAAAAAGAAAAGUAUGCAGAAAUGGCUCACCAGUGGAAGGCUGAGAAAGUGAGAGUGCAGCAGAAAAGCCCAGUUCCAGCAUCUCUUCCCACACAAGCCCAGGAAAGUGUUCCUACAAUCUUCACCAGUCCACUUCAAAAGUGUGAUCAAGUUAUGCUUGAAACCUCAUUCUACUUUCUGAAUAUCUUGAGCCAUGGAAUUCCCCCUCAUUGCAAUCAGCGUUUUCUCCCUUGUGAAAUUGGCUGCGUCAAAUACUCUCUUCAGAAAGGGAUAAUUGCAGACUUCCAUCGUUUUAUAAAUCCUGGAGUGGUACCUCGAGGUUUUCGAUUUCAUUGACAGGUUGCAAGUGAUGCUACACAUAAAAUUCCUUUAUCAGGAUUUGACUUUGCAACUGCAGAUCCUUCUGUUGUGUUGCGUGAAUUGUACACAUUCAUCCAGCCACGCUGGGGUACCUGGCCACCUGUAUAUUGUAAGCCUGAUGACCAAUUUAGAGUCAGUUGGUGCUUGAAGCACAUGGCUAAAGAAGCAGGUGCUGUAAAUAAUCUGGAGAUUCUCAAUGUGGAGGAUCUUAUUAUAGAGUUAUAUUAUCAGAAGCUUCAAAAAGAGCCUUCUAAGACUUGGGUGUGUAACACAUUGGGUGCUGCCAUGUGGAAUUAUUCAACUAGGUGCCAGUGGCAUGAAGAAAACGAUGUUCUAUUCUGUGCUCUUGCUACUUGCAAAAAGAUUGCAUACUGCAUCAGCAAUUCCCUAGCAAAUAUGGUUGGCAUACAGCUAACUGCAUCUCAUUUACCCUUGCAUGAAAGCAACUCCAAAAAAACAGUGAACCCUAAGAUGGUCAUACUGGAUGCUGGACGUUUCCAGAAAAUCAGGACUUGGAAAUUAUAG